AUGGCUUCCCGCUUCUUUGCUCUUCUCCUUUUAGCGAUCCCAAUCCAGGCCCAAUCUCCAGUCUGGGGACAAUGUGGUGGAAUUGGUUGGUCUGGCCCAACAACUUGUGUUGGAGGUGCGACUUGUGUAUCAUAUAACCCUUAUUACUCGCAAUGUAUUCCCAGUACACAGGCUUCAUCGAGCAUAGCCUCUACAACGCUGGUCACAUCAUUUACGACCACCACUGCUACGAGGACUUCGGCAUCAACGCCUCCAGCGAGCAGUACAGGUGCAGGCGGCGCAACAUGCUCAGCACUGCCGGGCUCCAUUACCCUGAGAUCCAACGCAAAGCUCAACGAUCUGUUUACAAUGUUCAAUGGAGAUAAGGUCACCACGAAAGACAAAUUCUCGUGCCGCCAGGCAGAGAUGUCGGAGCUAAUACAACGAUAUGAGCUCGGCACCCUGCCCGGACGACCAAGCACUCUCACAGCCUCAUUCUCGGGCAAUACGUUGACCAUCAAUUGCGGAGAGGCCGGAAAGUCAAUUUCAUUCACAGUCACGAUCACUUAUCCAUCUUCCGGAACAGCACCAUACCCUGCGAUUAUCGGCUAUGGAGGCGGCAGUCUUCCAGCUCCCGCCGGGGUUGCCAUGAUCAACUUUAACAAUGACAACAUAGCAGCCCAAGUUAAUACAGGCAGCCGCGGACAGGGCAAGUUCUACGAUCUCUACGGGAGCUCGCACUCCGCGGGCGCCAUGACCGCAUGGGCCUGGGGAGUAAGCCGAGUCAUUGAUGCUCUUGAGCUUGUACCAGGCGCAAGAAUAGACACCACCAAGAUUGGCGUGACGGGGUGUUCACGAAAUGGCAAAGGCGCAAUGGUCGCAGGUGCUUUCGAGAAACGAAUCGUUCUGACACUUCCCCAGGAGUCGGGCGCCGGUGGCUCUGCGUGCUGGAGGAUUUCAGACUACUUAAAGUCCCAAGGAGCCAAUAUCCAGACCGCGUCUGAGAUCAUUGGCGAAGACCCCUGGUUCUCGACUACUUUCAACAGCUACGUCAACCAAGUGCCGGUGUUGCCGUUUGACCACCAUUCGCUUGCUGCCUUGAUAGCCCCGAGAGGAUUAUUCGUCAUCGACAACAAUAUUGACUGGCUCGGCCCACAAAGCUGCUUUGGCUGUAUGACAGCUGCUCACAUGGCAUGGCAAGCUUUGGGUGUCUCGGACCACAUGGGCUAUUCGCAGAUUGGAGCUCACGCACACUGCGCGUUCCCAUCAAACCAGCAAUCGCAACUUACUGCCUUUGUUCAGAAAUUCUUGCUGGGCCAGUCCACAAAUACGGCGAUUUUCCAAAGCGACUUUUCGGCCAAUCAAAGCCAAUGGAUCGACUGGACAACCCCAACGCUGAGUUGA